AGGAGGACGCACCCCUAUGAUCAGCAACAGGUUUAGAAUAGGCGAGAGCCUUUUAAAGCUGUGCGACAUCGUUUACAAUCGUGGGUUCCGACGUUCAAUCGCGACGUAUCGUUGAAAUAUUCAAUUAAUUACCCGCUAAGUGAUCGUGUGUGACAGUGGAGUUGAAUCGAAGAGAUUGAAGGUAUGGUUUAUGUGAUUCGAAGGGGAGAAUAAUAAAGAGAAGACGCAGAAGAAGUUACGCGACAGGGAAGAAAAUGCCAAGAGCGUUCCUGAUCACCCACCGUCGAUACAAUGGAGUCGAAGAGGAGUUCGAUGGGUCCGGAAGAGAUUUCAGCCCGGAGAGAGGCGUGAGACUGGCCGAUUACAGCGGGAACCAUCCUACGUCCGAUGGUGCGAGCGAGUGCGGCAGCGAGACAUCGUCAGAGUGUCCCGAAGAACUGUACAACUUGACAAAGCUGGCAGAAGUGAGCCUAGCAGCGGCUGCUGGCACGCUGAUUCAUCCGAACAACGUGAUUUAUCAGCAACCAGCCUCGCCUAGGUACGCUCAAUUUUCGGACAAAUGCGGCAGAAUGAUGACACCGCGAACAAAACAGCAAGAAUCGCAAUUUCAAGAUCACCCGGAGACCCUCGAGGACGAGCAGACACUUGGUGAAAGAACGAGACUCUUCUUCGAGAGGAUUGAGAGCGAGCGUGAGAUUCUACAGAAUCGAUCGGAAAGAAAUACGGUCUUGGGUAUCCACAUUUCCUCCCAUUCGCAUCAUUUGCAAGAGGAACGCCGAGGUCUCGAGACCUCGGAGAAUUCUUUGGACAAAGUCGAAUUGGUACCAACACCGUCGAUACCAUCGGCGAUUUCGCAAAAUCGAAGAACGACCUCGACUUCCACGGAAACGUCGAAAUCCGAAGACAACGAAGAUCACGAAUGUCCCGAUUGCGGGAAGAAGUACUCGACAUCCUCGAAUUUGGCCAGACACAGGCAAACACACAGAUCCCUCGGGGAUAAGAAAGCUAGGAGAUGUCCACACUGCGACAAAGUCUACGUCAGUAUGCCUGCGUUCAGUAUGCACGUUAGAACGCAUAAUCAGGGGUGCAAGUGCCAUUACUGUGGCAAGUGUUUCUCGAGACCGUGGCUACUGCAGGGACACAUACGUACCCAUACAGGUGAGAAACCGUUUAAGUGCACGAUCUGCAACAAAGCAUUUGCCGACAAGUCAAAUUUACGCGCUCAUAUUCAAACGCACUCGAACACCAAACCACAUGUAUGCGGUCGUUGCGGUAAAGCGUUCGCUCUGAAAUCGUAUCUGUACAAACACGAGGAAUCAUCGUGCAUGAGGGCUCAUCAUCGAUCAUCCACGGAGAAAACAGAUGGAAACGAUCAGAAAACAACUUCGUCUUCCACGAAAUCGUGCACACCGUUAUCGUCGUCGUUGAACAGACUGCAAACGACGCCGUGCGUUACAGCAUCCCCUACCAGCGUCAUUGUUCCUCGAUUAGGCCUGAAUCGCGACCAAAGAAAUUCGUCCUCGGCGUUCUCCGCGAUUAUCAGACACACCAGAAUUCCUGACGCGUCCGCGACACCGCCACCGCCACCGCCAUCGAAACGUUCUUGCAGAGAGAAAACUCCGGUCGAAGAACGCGAAAGGAAGACUCCUGAUAACCUGACAAAGGAUCCAGAGUGCGUGUCUAGAAUGGUCAUUAGAACUUCCGUCAUAUCCCCUAACCCAGAACACCUAAGUCGGUUCAACAACGACAGCCAAAACUCUUCCGGCAGUUUUGACUUUUCCGAUCCGACGAGGUCCUCCGCAUUUUCCAGGCCAACAACAAUGACACUUAAUUUAGCGAUCGCAUAGAAUUAUCGAAGACAUGUUUGAACCUUCUGAGGGAAAGAUGUAUUAUUCGUCCGAAACGAUAGAACGAAAAUCACGGCAAGUAUGUACAUCUAUCGGGUAACGAUUGAAAUAUUAUCGAGUGCAGGUAAAACAGUUCCGUAGUACGCCAAAGAAUAUUUUAUAGUUAUGGAACCGUUAAGCCUGCUGAAAUCAAAUGUGUAUCGCAAAAAGCAUGAGAGAAGAUCCAAAUCCGAAAAAAUGAAUGAUUAAAUUAUCGCUUCGUAGAGAUACAAAGACGUAAUUACUUUUUACUAGCAACUAAUUCAUUCCUAUUGAUAUUGAGAUAAGUUCGUUAAGUUUUAAAGGGGAAUAUUUGAAAUUCUGUUAUAUCUUACUUAGUGGCAUCUUUCAAUGCGAUGAGCACCCAACUCUUUUCUUUUUUUUUCUUUUUUUUUUUUUCUUUUAAUAGCUGAGCAUAAAAUCAAUUUCAAGACAGGUUCAAUAACACGACAAAGGAACACUAUCAACAGAGAUUACGUAACAAAUAUUA